AUGACUCUGGGCGCGGCCGGUGCUCCACCCCCAUGCUGCUACCUCCAACCCCCAACCUCCACCUCCACCCCCUUGCUAUUACCUCCACCCCCAUGCUGCUACCUCCAACCCCCAACCUCCACCUCCACCCCCUUGCUACUACCUCCACCCCCAUGCUGCUACCUCCAACCCCCAACCUCCACCUCCACCCCCUUGCUACUACCUCCACCCACAUGCUGCUACCUCCAACCCCCAACCUCCACGUCCACCCCCUUGCUACUACCUCCACCCCCAUGCUGCUACCUCCACCCCCCAACCUCCACCUCCACCCCCUUGCUACUACCUCCACCCAUAUGCUGCUACCUCCAACCCCCCAACCUCCACCCCCUUGCUACUACCUCCACCCACAUGCUGCUACCUCCAACCCCCAACCUCCACCUCCACCCCUUUGCUACUACCUCCACCCCCAUGCUGCUACCUCCAACCCCCCAACCUCCACCUCCGCCCCCUUGCUACUACCUCCACCCAUAUGCUGCUACCUCCAACCCCCAACCUCCACCUCCACCCCCUUGCUACUACCUCCACCCAUAUGCUGCUACCUUCAACCCCCAACCUCCACCUCCACCCCCUUGCUACUACCUCCACCCCCAUGCUGCUACCUCCAACCCCCAACCUCCACCUCCACCCCCUUGCUACUACCUCCACCCCCAUGCUGCUACCUCCAACCCCCCAACCUCCACCUCCACCCCCUUGCUACUACCUCCACCCAUAUCUGCUACCUCCAACCCCCAACCUCCACCUCCACCCCCUUGCUACUACCUCCACCCAUAUGCUGCUACCUCCAACCCCCCAACCUCCACCUCCACCCCCUUGCUACUACCUCCACCCCCAUGCUGCUACCUCCAACCCCCCAACCUCCACCUCCACCCCCUUGCUACUACCUCCACCCCCAUGCUGCUACCUCCAACCCCCAACCUCCACCUCCACCCCCUUGCUACUACCUCCACCCCCAUGCUGCUACCUCCAACCCCCCAACCUCCACCUCCACCCCCUUGCUACUACCUCCACCCAUAUGCUGCUACCUCCAACCCCCCAACCUCCACCUCCACUCCCCUGCUACUACCUCCACCCCCUGUUGCUUUCCUCCGACAACCUGCUACUAACAGCACGCCCCCUGCUGCUACCUCCACCCCCUAG